GUGGAGAUUGCCCUUUCUCUGUGUCGUUGUUUCUCUCGUAGUUUCGCUCGUAGCUGCAUCCUGCUUCAGAGAUCGGGACACCAUGGCGGACGCCAAGGCUUGCACCGUGCGCACUCGCAAAUUCAUGACCAACAGGCUGCUCGCCCGCAAGCAAUUCGUCAUCGACGUUUUGCACCCGGGCAGGCCCAAUGUCUCCAAGGCUGAGCUAAAGGAGAAGCUUGCUAAGGUCUACGAGGUGCGCGAUGCCCAGACCAUCUUUGUGUUCGGAUUCCGCACGCAAUUUGGAGGUGGCAAGUCCACUGGAUUCGGUCUCAUCUACGACAACCUCGACUCCGCUAAGAAAUACGAGCCCAAGUACAGACUUAUCAGGAACGGUCUCGCCACUAAGGUAGAAAAGUCUAGGAAGCAAGUCAAGGAAAGGAAGAACCGAGCCAAGAAGCUGCGCGGUACCAAGAAGUCGAAGGCAGCCGGCGAAGCCGCCAAGAAGAAGAAGUAAAUGCUGUCAUCAGUGUAGAGUUCUCUCAUCCCCUUUCUUCAUAGAUUUGAUAGACAUAGACUUCCACCCACAUGUGAUUGUGGUGCUGCUCUUGAUAAUUCAAGGAUUCAUUUCUCAAGGUAUGCACAUGGUGGAGAGCACAUCAUGGUCUACUCGGUCAAGAUUCUGUGAUUACAAAUUUUGCCUGCAUCCUUACUACAUUUUCACCACUAUAUGAACGUUUAUUUUUUACCCAGUCUCUAGCUGAGUAUUGUUCAACGGAGAUGACCACAAUUCAAGAAUAUUUGGGAUAGUAUGUCUCGUGUUGGUCAAGAAAUCCGACGUUAUCUUUUUCUGUAACAAUAUGCAUGUCUGUCGCGACGAUGGUAGCGCAUUAGAAGACGUAACACUGAACGCCUCUCUGUUACUAUGCCGUUAGAACUUCAAGAUGCGACCAUUUCAUUGUAACGAAACGAGUGGACUCUAAAGAAUUGGGACGAUGAUGAGUCAAUUUG